CAAGCGCCAGCUUUUUACAUACAACUACCGCCUCUGCUCUUUUGAAACCGCUAAAAAAUUAUUAACAAAUCCUUUUUUCAAACCCUGUUGUUUACAGACUUUUGCAAACUGUGUGUUGAUGUUGCUCUCUUAUUGUUAGUUUGGCUAACCUAAAGCAGAUUUGCAAGGGUAACAGUGGUCUCUGACAGGCUAUCUCCAACUUCUUCCACAGUGUGUGAAGUGUUGCAGUUAGCUUUAGCCUACCUCGGUUAGAGAAGAAGACGUGAGUAGCCUCAAGUAGCUUGACCCGCGGUCCUGCUCAGAGGAUGGACAGCGAAAUCCAAAGAGAUGGGAGAGUCCUGGACCUCACGGAUGAUGCCUGGAGGGAAGACAAGCUGCCGUAUGAAGAUGUCACUAUCCCUCUGAGUGAACUACCUGAGGCUGAGCAGGACAAUGGAGGAUCCACAGAGUCUGUGAAAGAACAAGAGAUGAAGUGGACAGACCUCGCCCUGCAGAGCCUUCACGAAAACACACCGAACACUGGAAGCUGAAAGACUUAGAACACAAGGUGCAGCCACUUACAGACAAAUCUUCAAUUCAUCUCACGGCUACCAAGACUGUAUUGCAGCAGGACAGAUAGGCUUCCAAAAUAAAUCUCCUAUACUUUUCCUAAAUGUGGAUCAUUUUGACCUCAUUCCUUGUGCCCAGCCUUGUUAUCUCUAGGCAGUCCAUUUAACCAUGUUACGGUACACUUGAAGGAAAAUGUCAUUUCAUGUAUAACUCUGUUUUGGAAAUUAUAUCUUGUCUCUUCCUUGUCAUGGAUUUCAAAUUUAUGUUAAGAUGGCAGUUGUUGUGAGUUAUGCAGCAGCCUCUUGGCUCAGGCCUCCCUGUGAGGUUUAAAUGAGAGAAGAAUAUCCUGACUUUGGAUCCCAUCAUCACUGUGCCUGUGUGGCCUCUGCUGUGA